GAAGAGCAACGUCGACGAAAUAAACUAAUAGUCGCUGUAUACAUUGCAAAGUUAAAAAAAAAAUAUAAAAAAAGAGAUUUUGGAUUGAUCCAUUAUUUAAAAGACGACGUGAACAUGGUUUUUACUACGCAUCUGUUCCAAGAUUAACUCCAGAAAAUUUUCGAAACUAUUAUCGCAUGACAGUUAUGCAAUUUGAAGAAUUGUUACACUUAGUGGCACCUGCAAUCACUAAACAAACGGCAAUUAGAGAACCGUUACCUCCUGCAGAGCGACUAUCUAUAACAUUGAGAUAUUUAGCAACUGGUGAUUCGAUGCAUUCAAUGUCAUAUCACUUUCUCGCUGGAGUUUCAACAAUAAGCCACGUUAUAGGUGAAACAUGCGAUGCUAUAUGGAACUGUAUUCGUCAGAAAGUGAUCCCACCAUCAAAAACAACAGAGGAAUGGCUACACCUUGCUAAAGAAUUUGAAGAGAAAUGGGAUUUCAAUCAUUGCGUAGGCGCAAUUGACGGCAAACAUGUUAUUAUUGAAUGUCCACCUAAAGCAGGCUCAUCUUAUUAUAAUUAUAAGAAGACUCACAGUAUUGUGCUCCUCGGAAUUUGUGACGCACAAUAUAUGUUCACGUUCGUUGAUAUAGGAGCCUACGGUCGUCGCAGUGACGGUGGUAUUUUUAGAGAUUCAACGAUGGGUCUAAAAUUUGCAUCAAAGGAAAUGAACGUACCUGCACCAGAACCUCUCAGCCCAGGUGGACCUCCUUUACCAUAUGUUCUAGUGGGCGAUGAAGCCUUUCAAUUGUCAGAUUAUUUACUCCGGCCUUAUCCAGGAAAAGGCGGUUUAAACGACGAGCGAAAUAUUUAUAACUAUCGAUUGAGUCGAGCUAGGAGAACAAUCGAAAAUACAUUUGGUAUUUUAGUCAGUCAAUGGAGAAUUUUGAAGCGACCAAUCAAUUGUAGUAUAGAAAAGACAAUUUCAAUUGUUAAAGCCAUUAUAUGCCUCCAUAAUUGGAUUCGUCAGAUGGAUAUUGAAGAAAAUCAAUAUGUUACUUCAACACUAAUUGAUCGAGAGAGUGAUGACGGCUUUAUUCCAGGUUCUUGGAGAAAUUGCACGGAUAAUAGUGCAUUAGAAAACAUAACUCAGUGCGGUUCUAAUAAUAGUUCUCGUCAAGCGAUGCAAAUUCGCGAAGAAUUCUGUAAAUAUUUUAAUAGUGAAGGUGCCAUACCAAGUCAAUUCUAUCAUUGUUAGUUCUUAUACUCAUUCAUUAAUUGUAUAUAUGCAAUUUAACUUGUCUGAAAAUGUAUAAUAAAUUAUAAAAUAUCAGUGGA